UGCCCUGUAGUUGUUCCGAACCUUCUCGGGCCGGAUCAUUAGGGCUAUGAUAUAAAAAGCGCAGUUUCAAAAUUAAUCGCGCGAUUAUUUGUUGUUGCUUGUCACUCCUGUGCUUUCGAUUUCAUGAUCGUCAGGUCAUAGUACUAUUUCGUUUUGAUUCGAUGCCUUUCAGUGUGAAGAGUAGCAUCGGCGCAUAAAAUGGCAACAGGUGAAAGGCUUGUAUUAGUGUUAUGGUUUAUCCUUUGCGUAGGAACACGUACUUACGGCGAAUCGUCGACGUGCCUGACGGUGUACGAAGAAGGCGGUGCUCCGGCGGUUUUUCAGUCUCCGAAAUGUCCUCGCUGGAAACUUCCGAGCUACGGUUCCAAACCGCGGUAUCAAUCGCCGGCCGCCAAUUGUCAGACGGCCUUGCAUCAAGGUCGUCGCAAGCAGCAGGAAGAUCGCGCUAUCUGCGCUCUAGAUAUUCGCGUUCCUUUCCUCGGUCCUAAAGGUAUCACAGAGGUUACAGUUGGUAUUGUUGGAGUUUUUGAUGGCCAUAAUGGUGCUGAAGCAAGUGAAAUGGCAUCAAAGCUAUUACUGGAGUACUUUACAGUGCAUAUGUUCUUUCUUCUUGACACAACGUUUUCUGUCCUAUUAAGGAAAUUGAGGGGAUGGCUACCAAAUGAAAGAGGGAAUGAUGUACUUCAGGACCUGAAGUGGGAUGAGGAAUUGGGCCAGCAUCAGUUGAAAUUUGGGAGGCUUAAGCUGAGUUUGUCAUCAAUCUUUGAUGAAUCUUUUCCAUUGGAAAUAUUCAAGGAAGCAGUGCUAAGAGCAAUUGAUGAUAUUGAUUCUGCAUUUUCAAGGGAUGCUUUUAGAAAUAAUUUUGAUUCUGGAUCUACUGCCGCAAUCAUACUGAUGGCAGAAAAUCAAAUUUUUGCGGCCAACAUUGGUGAUUCAAAGGCGUUUGUGUGCUCCGAGGAUUAUAAAUCUUCAACAGAGGCACGGGCUGCUUUAUUGAGGAUGUAUAGGCAGACAAAGGUUGAUGGGAUCUUUCAUCCCUUUAGAAAUUAUCGCACAUUUGAAUCAGUAGCUUCCGAUGGGUUGUCUUUUUUGAUUGCUAGGGAGUUGACUAGAGAUCAUCACCCAGAUAGGGACGACGAAAGGUCUCGAGUGGAGUCUGCUGGGGGACAUGUUUCUGAAUGGGGUGGUGUAGCUCGAGUUAAUGGUCAGUUGGCUGUUUCUAGAGCUAUUGGGGAUGUGUACCUGAAAAGUUAUGGUGUUAUAUCUGUGCCCGAGAUCACUGAUUGGCAACCUUUGACAGAAAAUGACAGCUACUUGGUGGCUGCAUCAGAUGGUGUUUUAGAACAACUAAACCCACAAGAUGUUUGUGACAUAUUGUCAAAGUUACGUGCAGAUUUCGCUGUUAGAUCAGAACUAAAUUCUUCCUGUAUGCACUCAUUAGCUGAUUGCAUAGUAAAUGCUGCAUUCAAAAAGGGAAGUACAGAUAAUAUGGCAGCCAUAAUCCUCCCAUUUAGGUCUAAAGUGCCUAUGAAGACUCUGCCUAAGGAAGACUGUGAUGGAUUGCAUAUAUCUGAUUGCCCAGCUUUAGGAUAUAAUGGUUAUUCCAUUGGACUGUCAGAACUUGCAGAAAUGGAGCAAGCUCAUCCAGUUGUUACCUACCUUGACAGAUUGUUGGUUGUAGGAAAAGAUAGAUGUUUCUAUCUAUCUGAGAACCUUGAUGAAAAGGAUGAUAAUACAUUCUGGAUUCAAAAAGAUGUCCGGGAAUAUCCAUAUGAACUAGGACAUGGAUUGUCUGUAGCUGGUUACAGUUCUGGUGGACCAGUUAACUUGUAUAAUGAUCAGCACUUGUGCUUAAACUUUGGGAUGAACUUUGAAGGGAAUAAAGAGCAGUGCAUAAAUCCCGAAGGCUUUGCUAGGUUCCUUGGUUUGCUUGAAUCAGUUCCCUUUAAUGAUACUUUUUCAAAUGAGCAUGCAACAGCCGAUUCAAGGUACAUACUAAAGAAAAGAUAUGACCGUGGAUCUUAUGGAGAAGUAUGGAUGGCUUUUCCUUGGAACUGUUCUCAUGGCAACAAGACUUCAGAGAAUGCCAAAACUCCAUAUUCAGAAGAUUCUGAUAAUGACCAUUCUGAUGACACUAAGUUCAUUUUGAAGCGUAUAAUGGUGGAGAAAGGGGUUGCUGUAUAUCUAAGUGGGCUAAGGGAGAAACAUUUUGGUGAACUUUUCUUGAAUGCAACUACUGUUCUUGGAGGUCCAUUGUCAGCUAGAGAAUCCUAUUGCCUCUCGAAAGAUACUUGUCUAGAGCCACAUGGCCAUUUAAUGGAAAAUGACUCAAUUGGUCUGGAAAUGGGUGAAGUUUUGAAUUUUGACAAUAUCUAUGGUGGAAGAAGUGAAAUGAUGCAAUCUACCUAUGAAGAAGGUCUUAAUCACAUUGCCAGAUAUAUUGAAUCUUUUGAGUCCCAAUCUAAUGAAAUAUGGCUUGUUUUCCGCCAUGAAGGAGUAUCCUUGUCAAAGAUCUUGUAUACAGCUGAAGAAGUGACAAAUAGUGCAGGAGAGAGAAAUGAACAAGUGAAGAAUGUUCAGAUAUUGCACCCAUCAAAAUGGUGGUACUGGUUAAAGACAACAGAAGCAGGGCGGGAGGAAAUGCGCAAUCUUAUAUGGCAAUUGGUACGUGAUGUCAUAAUUUGCAUCACUUUGGCUUUUAUGGUCAGCUCAUGGCACUCAAGUCUUGUCAUGACCGGAAUAUCACACAUAGAGAUAUUAAACCUGAAUAUGGUCAUAUGCUUUGAAGAUAUGGAUUCUGGGAGAUGCUUGAAAGGACAUCCAAGUGGGGAUAACAAUUAUACCACAAAAAUGCGCAUUAUUGACUUUGGGAGUGCACUGGAUGACUUCACAUUGAAGCAUUUGUAUGGCUCUGUUGGACCUUCAAGGGCUGAACAAACUUGUGAAUAUACUCCACCUGAGGCUUUUCUUAAUGCCAGCUGGUACCAGGGGCCAACUUCAGCAAGUCUUAAGUACGAUAUGUGGAGUGUUGGGGUUGUGAUGUUGGAACUAAUAUUAGGAUCACCAAAUGUGUUCCAGAUAAGUUCUAGGACACGUGCUCUUUUAGAUCAGCAUCUAGAAGGUUGGAAUGAUAGCAUAAAGGAGCUUGCCUUCAAACUAAGAGCUUUCAUGGAAUUAUGUAUUCUGAUCCCUGGGAGUUCAACAAAGCCGCGUUACCCGGACUCAGUUUCACCGGCUCCAUGGAAAUGCUCUGAAGAGUUCUUUUUGCAUCAAAUUAGAAACAGAGAUCCUCUAAAAAUAGGGUUUCCAAAUAUAUGGGCUUUGCGAUUAGUUCGCCAACUGCUGCACUGGAAUCCUGAGGAUCGGCUGAGUGUUGAUGAAGCUCUGAAGCAUCCAUAUUUUUCACAACAUGCAAACAAUCAAACUGAUGGAAAGGUUUAACUUGCCUCUGUCUAUGCUCAGUUCCACAUGCUUUGAAGAAAUGAGUCGAGCAGACUGAGUUUUGGGUUGGGAUGUUUGCUCCUCAAGCAGGCAGGAGUCAUUACCGAAGUGGUUUUUUAUCAGGUGAGUGGUUAGAUGAGAACGUUAGCACUGUGUAAGUAUGCAAUUCCAUUGAUUAGAAAAGAAAUAGAAAGAAAAAAUAAAAUGUAUCAGUAAAGAAGCAUUUUUGUAUUUGUACAACUAUGCAUCCCAAGAUAUAUAGAGAACAGAGAACUGGUCAUUCCAUCUGUUGCGCUACAGCAAAAGAAUCAAUGGAUUAGACCUACCUACUAUCACUGUGCUGCAUUCUUCUUUAUUGGAAUCACAAUAACCGACAGGUUGUCCAUACUGCCCUCAUCAAAUGCCUUGUGGACUAUGCAAUCUGCUAGGGAGGAUAAUGAACAUAAAGGAGAGUUGUUGGGGAUCUCCUUUUCUUGAGCCUGUAGUAUAUUGCACACGGUCUGUGGAGCCAUAGUCUCAAAUAUACCAUCAGUUCCGAUGACUAUGUAGUAGUCCUUGCUGGUCAGAUUUCGCCAAUUUAUUUCCGGUUCAGCAAUAACACCAUAUCUAAGAUUUUAACCAA